AUGACUCUCGCCAGCGCCUGGUCAUACGCCAUCUCGGCCAGACCGCCAGCCGAUGCCCACGCCACCAUCCGCCAGCUGCUCGAGCCCCGCCACCCCUCAUCCUGCGCAUCCUACGACUGGGCUGCUCAGCGAGCCGUGCCCCUACCGCGAGCAUCCGAGGCACUCGAACAGCUCAGCUCCAGCUACCCGCCCAUCGCCACCUCUUCCAAGGACGUCCGAUCGCGCUCCCGGAUAAUCAAAGACUCUCUCGUGGAGUGGUAUGCAGACAAAUGCGACGCCGCCUUCCCGCUCGUGUGUCAAGAGCUACUGGCACCGCUUCGUCAAGAGGACCCCGCGCAGGCGUCGACCGAGGUCGCAAACACGUUCGAAGGCAUCGCCCGAUGGAUGCACGCGUGGGCCUCGCCGCUACUGCCCGGCGGGCUGAUCGAAUGUGCGACCGGGGCGCGGCGCUUUCUGCUCCAAUUCCACACGCAGCUUAGGCUGCACAUCGACGACAGAGUCCUCAAAAACGUCAGGACCUUUCUCGCCCGCGCGGUUCCUCUCAAGGAAAGCCCACAGUCCCUGGCCGACAUCGACCGCCUGGCGUCGAGCGCCGAAGCACUGGGCCUAUCGGCGAUGCUCCUCACCCUGCUAACGGGCGUGCUCCACUCCGAAGUCUCCCGCAAGGUCACGUCCGCUUUGGACGGCCAGGGGGCUGACGAGGACGACGAGGUCUGGGAGUUUGAGGAGGCGGCACGGGACCGGCUCGUCCGCUGGCUCGACUCUGAGGCCAAGCCGCGCUUCCAAUCGAUCCUGCAGCGGUGCGCUCCCAAGCACGCCGCGUCGACCGAGGCGGAUGCCAUGGACGUCUGCGACGAAGCCGACCGGAUCGUCGAGGACGAGCUGUCGGACGAGGGCGCCUGGGAGCGCCGGCUCGACUACCACCUGGAUCGCACGCUGUGCUCGGUGCGGGCGUCGCAGCUCUUCGACCUGAUCGCCAUCUAUCCGGACUCGAUCCCGGCGCUCGAGGAUCUCCAGACGAGCCUGCAACAGACCGGCGACAGGCUCCUCGUCGCGCGGGCGCUGUCCGAGGCGCUGCAGACCCGGCUGCUGCAUCCGGGCGCUCAUACGAGGGACAUCAUCCAGAUCUACGUGCAUAUGGUGCGGGCCCUGCGCGACGUCGAUCCGUCCGGCGUGGUCCUCUCGCGCGUCGUCUCGCCGCUCCGCCGAUAUCUGCGCGCGCGCAGGGACACGAUCCGGGUCAUUGUCUCGUCGCUGCUCGGCGAAGAUCCCGAGUUUACCCUGCUCAAGGACGAGCUCGAAGCCGCCGACGCCGAGUCGGCCGACGAGGCCGACACGUCUGCGACGCACCGACGACGCCGGCGCCGGCAGUCGAUGCCCAAGGGCAGCCGCAAGCGCUCCGCCACCGCAACGGCUUCGACCGGAGCGGGAGAGCAGGCAAACGGCGGCUACUCGUCGGGCUCGGACUCGUCGGACUCGGACUACCAGGACCCAGACUGGCAGCCGAAGCCGGUCGAUGCGGGGCGCGAGUACCGCCUGUCUACGUCGCGCGACAUGAUCGGCAUGCUGAUCUCCAUCUUUGACGACCGUGCCGGGUUCAUUUUGGCGCUGGAAAAGAGCAUGGCCGAGCAGCUGGUGCGGAUCCGGGGCUACCGGGCGAUGCGCGAGUACCGCAACAACAUGAUCCUCAAGAAGCGCUUUGGCGACAAGAACAUGGGCAAGUGCGACGUCAUGCUGGGCGACGUGACCGAGAGCCGGCGCGUCGAUGCGGGCGUGCACCAAAAGGUCGAGAGGCAGCGGCGCAACUAUGCCGAGCUCAAUCACGAGGGGCGCGAGCGCGAGCGCGAGCGCGGGACCAACGAGGUGCUCGAUGCGCUGCACCCGCUCGUCGUUUCGCGCCAGUUCUGGCCGGACCUCUCUACCAUGGCGGCGCCAUCUGCGACUACCGUCACAGCCACGACAGGGACGGGGACGGGAACGGCAGCAGCAGCAGCAGGGGUGGGCGCGGAGAGCGGGAGCUCGGGGGCCAAGUUUGGCAAGCUGCCACGUCGGUUUGCAGAGGCGACGCAACGGUACGGCGACAUGUUCAAGACGUCCAAGGCGAUGCGGCGGCUCGAGUGGCUGCACCACCUCGGCAGCGUCGAGGUGCAGGUGACGAUGCAGGAUGGGCGGCAGUGUAGCGUCGAGUGCUCGCUGCUCGAAGCGAGCGUCGUCGAACUCGCCGCUGCCGCCGCCGCCAACACUGUUGGCGUCGAUUCGGCCUCGUCGAUGGCGGUUGUCGCUGAUCAGCAACAGCAACAGCAACAGCAGCAGCAAGAGGCAAAUCGAGAGGGAGUCGAAGAGGGGGCAGCAAAGACGCUUUCGGUCGAUUUCGUCGUCCAAGAGCUGGGCGUCGAGAAGCGCGCGGAUGCCGUCAGGGCGCUGCGGUUCUGGUGUCGUCUCGGCGUCCUGCGCCAGAGCGAGGCGUCGGCCGACUGCUACGAGGUCGUCGAGCACGACGACGAGGAGGAGGAGAACGAGGGCGGCGAGGAGCAGGCAUAG